CAAAUGAAGACGUCCCAAGACAACGCGGGAAAACGGAGGAAGGCAUCUCGGUGGAAAGCAAACACACACUGUUGUGUUCUCUCUGUGCUACCUUGUGCGGGAACAUGAGCGGGAGGCCUAAGCCGAGGAGGGGCGCCAGGACUUUGAGAGGUCAUCCGGAGGAAGCGGGCGGCAGCGCCAGUCUUCACAUCCCGCUGGCGGAGGACGGGAGCCCCGAGGCCAGCCGGUACGCGGCUCUGGGGAGGGACGGCCGUGCACCUCGCAGUGCCGCGGGCCAGACGUUAACCCAGUCGUGGAAGAUUGUCAUAAGUGCAGUGUCUAUACUGACUCUUCUUCUUAUAGGACUUGGCAAUCACAUGUGGCUUCAAGAAACAGAGUUUCCUCACAAAUCCAGACAAUUUUACACCCUAAUUGCAGAAUACGGUUCGAGGCUUUAUAAUUACCAGGCCAGACUCCGGAUACCCAAGGAGCAGCUGGAACUUCUAAAGAAGGAAAGCCAGACUUUGGAGAACAACUUCCGUGAAAUUCUAUUUUUAAUUGAACAAAUAGAUGUUCUGAAGGCAUUGCUUAGAGAUACGCAGGAUGGUCUACACAGCCACAGCUGGAACGUGGAUGGAGACGGGGACCAGGAGCCCCCGGAGGCCACGGACGAGGAAAUGUCAAACUUGGUCAACUACAUCCUUAAAAAAUUGAGAGAGGACCAAGUCCAGAUGGCGGACUACGCCCUCAAAUCAGCAGGGGCCUCUGUCGUUGAAGCUGGGACGUCGGAAAGUUACAAAAAUAAUAAAGCGAAACUUUACUGGCAUGGGAUCGGGUUCUUAACUUAUGAAAUGCCCCCAGACAUUAUUCUCCAGCCGGAUGUCCACCCUGGGAAGUGCUGGGCCUUCCCGGGUUCCCAGGGCCACGCCCUGAUCAAGCUUGCCAGGAGGAUCACGCCAACUGCUAUCACCAUGGAGCACAUCUCGGAGAAGGUGUCUCCGUCAGGAAACAUCUCCAGCGCACCCAAGGAGUUUUCCGUCCAUGGUAUCUCCAAACUGUGUGAUGGGGAAGAAAUUUUCCUAGGUCAGUUCAUCUAUGACAAAACGGGAAGCACCGUUCAAACAUUCGAGCUCCAGCGUGACGUUUCGGAAUCCUUACUAUGUGUGAAACUGAAAAUCCUCAGCAACUGGGGACACCCAACGUACACGUGUGUAUAUAGAUUCAGGGUCCACGGAACUCCAGGAGAGUAA